CUUAAGAAACAUUAGGCUAUGCUAACAUAGGAAGAGGUGUGGCUAGGCUACUAGAGAGAGAGAGAGAGAUUAGGAUAAGGCAGACUUUUUAGGCCGUGGGCACAUUUGGAAAUUUUCCUGAGCACCACCACAACAUGGCUACCAUGGGAGGUGUGUCAAAGCACAUAUGACCUGCUGGGAACAAAACAGUGUGGGGUCAGAGCCCAAGCCAGUCCUUUGAACCCACACUUUUCAUCUACAACAGAAAGCCAUUUCACAGCCAUCCCAGCUACUGGCGAAAAUGCAGGAAGCGGAUCUAGUUGCAAAAAUGCUUCGAGCUGUUCUCCAGUCCCAUAAAAAUGGAGUACCCUUUUCGCGUUUGCAAGGCGAAUAUAAAUCUUUAACUGGAGACUGGAUUCCUUUUAAGCAGCUGGGACAUCCUACUCUAGAAGGAUAUAUAAAGAGCAUUCCUGGAGUUGUUAGGAUUGAAAUUGGUAAAUCUGGUGAGCAGGUGAUCUGCCAUGCUGUUGUUUGCCAAGAGACUGCAAGAAUUGCUCAGCUUGUAGCCUGCCAGAGAACUUCCAAAAGAAAAUCAAGCCGGCAAGUGAACUGCAGGAUGAGACUGAAAAAAACUGCUCCACUCACCUCAGUAGGCAAGCCAAAGGGCACCUUGAGGAAGCCAGGAUUCAUGAAUUUUGCAGAGGAAAGCAAGAGGCCUGCAGCCCCACUACUGAGAAGCAAAGGAGGUUAUGCAGCAGUUAGACCUACAUCACCAUAUCCCAUGCCGUCAGAAUUUGGGAUGGCUGCACCCAAAGAAGUCUUAAUGCAAGGACACAUGACUGUGAUGAGCAGGCCUGAGAAACGACUAGUGCUUCCACCACGGUUUCAGAGGGAGCUUCAAGUUCAUUUAUCAAGAAACUUGUCCUUGGAUGUGAAUGAAAAUAUGAAAGAAACAAGGCAGUUUAUGCAACCUCCCUCUUCUUAUCCUUCAAAUACCAAUAUAAAUGAAGUUCAGAAACGAAUUAAAGAGAUUGUGGAUCGCUUCAGCAAUGGAAUUUGGUUAUCGAAGAUACCACAUUUGUACAGAGAGGCCUAUGAAGAGGACUUGAAUACAGCCUUGCUCCCACAGUUUGAAUACUGGCCUCAUGUUUGUGUGGCAGAGAAGGUAUGUUCUGGUGGCCAUAGAGAUAUACUUCUCUACCCUGCUGGAAAACCGCAUCAUUCCCUAAAGGGUGUCUCAAGCCAAGAAGGAAGGCCUCAGCCUCCAGUAAUAAGACAGAGCUCUGAAACCAAAACAGCUGUACCCCCUGGGGACUUGAAGCAGAGAAUUGCAGCCAUCUUGUUGAAAUAUUCCAGUGGCCUUUGGGCUAAUGCACUCCCAAAGGUCUACGAAGACACGUACAAAGCAACUUUGCCUCAGGAUCUUCUGAACAACCUUGACUCGCUCUCGGAUGUAUGUUCAGUGGAUUACAUAUCCGGCAAUCCCAAAAAGGCAAUCCUUUAUGCAAAGUCAAAGCAGCACAUCAAUGAAAACCGGAAUGUUAAUGCCAAAGACCACAGUCAUGGCAAUCUGCAGAGACCAGUGGAGCAGCAGCACACUAUGAUAAUGCGGGAGUCCCAAGAGGAGCAUGUAGAGGAUAUAACGGUGCCUCCUUUAAUUGUCCCUGUAGAAGCCUCACCAUCUGUGUUGGUAGUGGAACUGAGCUCCACAAAUGAAGUUGUUGUCAGAUAUGUGGGCAAAGACUAUUCUGCUGCUCAGGAAUUAAUGGAAGAUGAGAUGAAGAAUUGGUACUCUCAGAAUCCGUCAGUUGUGCAGAUACAGUCUCCUAAAGUUGGACAGAUUGUUGCUGUGCCUGCAGAAGAAGAUGCUUGGCUACGGGCACAGAUUGUUUCAACACAAGGCAAUCAAAUAAAGGUGUGCUACGUUGAUUAUGGCUUUAGUGAAAUCAUUGAAAAUACCAGAGUAUACAGACUUGCCAAACAUUUCUAUUCACUACCAUUCCAAGCUACAAAAUGUAAACUAGCAGGGUUAGAAGCCUUCAGUGAUGACCCUGUCUUGGUGAAGAUGGUGGAAUCUCAAUUCUGUGGCAAGAUAUUUGCUGUUGAAAUAGUAGAGAAAGGUGACAUUCCACUUGUUGUCCUGUAUGAUACUUCAGGAGAGGAUGACAUCAACAUAAAUUCUGCUUGCUUGAAGGCACUUUGCGAUAAAUCUCUUGAGCUUCAUCUUCAGGUAGAUGCACUCUAUACAAAUGUCCGAGUAACCAAUGUUUGUUCUGAUGGAACCUUAUACUGCCAAGUGCCAUCAAAGGGCCUAACCAAGCUGUCAGAAGCUUUGCAGAAACUAGAAAGCUACUUACACCACAAGCAGGUAACGGAGUGUUCAGUGUCACUUCCUUACUGUGGCAUGAUCUGUUUGCUUAACUGUAAAGGAAAAUGGGCACGUGUGGAGAUAACAAGUGUUCAUAGUAGCCGUGCUCUUGAUGUACAAUUUAUGGAUACUGGAACUGUGGCAUCUGUCAAAGUAGCAGAACUGAGAGAGAUUCCUUCAAAAUUCCUGCGCGAAAUCAUUGCAAUACCACCUCAGGCAAUAAAAUGCUGCUUGGCUGACCUUCCUCUUAAUAUUGGCAUGUGGACUCCAGAUGCUGUACUUUGGCUGAGGGAUACAGUACUAAAUUGCCCCGACUGCAGCAUAAAGGUUGUUAAACUGGAUGAAAGGAUUGCACACAUCUAUUUAUUUACGCCAAAGAACUUCCCAGACCCAGACCGGAGUAUAAAUAGGCAGAUCACUAAUGCAGACUUGUGGAAGCACCAGAAGGAUGUCUUUCUGAGUGUGUCGCCCAGCAAUAUCCCUGGCAAGGGAGAAACAGACUCAACUGAGCUGGCAAGCUUGGGUGUCAGGAGGGGUUUCAGCAGUUCUGCCGAGCCAAACAAUGUUGCAGCAGCCUCGACCGUGCCUCCACCUCUGCCACUGGCCCAACUGUAUGAGCAAAUGGAUGUCUUUGUCUCACUGGCCUGCCACCCUGGCUACUUUGUCCUCCAGUCCUGGCAAGAGAUGCACAAUUUAGAAGUUCUGGUGGAAGAGAUGCUUUUGUACUAUAGCACAGCAGAUGAGCGACCUAUUGCUGUUGAAAAGAACAAGCUGUAUGCUGCAAAAGUGAAAAACAAGUGGCACAGGGUGUUAAUAAAAGGAGUGUUAGCAAAUGGAUUGGUGUCGGUGUAUGAGCUGGACUAUGGUAAACACGAGCUUGUCGGCAUCCAGAAUGUCAGGCCUUUGUUGGAUGUGUUCAGAAAGCUGCCAUUUCAGGCCAUAACAGCCCAACUUGCAGGAGUAGAGUGGCAGCAGUGGUCAGAGGAGGCAUCCAUAGUCUUUCGAAAUCACGUUGAGAAGAAAGCUUUGGUGGCACAAGUUCAAGCAGUUAUUGAUGGAGCUAACCCAUGGGACCGAAAAGUAGUUGUUUACUUAGUUGACACAUCUCUUCCAGACACUGAUAUUUGGAUUCAUGAUAUUAUGACUCAGUAUUGUAUGGAGAUUGCAAAAGCAAACUAAUCGUUAAAUAAAACCCUCCAGCAAUAAGAAUAUGAAUGUUAACAUAGCUGUGACUAAAAUUUUUGGUUUAUUUCUGAUUUUUGCACUGUUUAAUGCUAGAAGGUUAUCUAUAUAAAUAAAUCAUUUAACUUAC